AGAGGGUAGGCUUUGUGGUGUGAGGUGACGGCUUAAGCUAUAAAGAAACUUUUGAGGUUUCUGUCGUCGGACAGGUCUCGUAUCGUCAUCUCCUCUAUAUUAAACCAGAGUUUCUCGACCUCUCUCUCUCUCUCACUCAUCUUCAUUCCUUUCGCACAACCCCAACCUCACCAAGUCUGCUACCAGCCAUGGAAGCCUUCUUCAUCGUCCUUGCUUUGGUAGCCAUAACUCUCACACUUGCGUUGGUCGUCUUCGCAUCGGGACGCGGCAAACGCAGCGACGGGAACCUCCCGCCGGGUAGCUUCGGAUGGCCGAUCAUGGGCGAGACCGUCGAGUUCCUGUUCGGCAAGCCGGACAAGUUCGUCUUCGACAGGAUGGCGAAGUACUCUCCAGACAUCUUCAAGACCCGAAUCCUUGGAGAAGACACCGCGGUCAUCUGCGGUCCGAGCGGGCACAAGUUCCUCUUCACCAAUGAGCAUAGGUACUUCACUGCCUUCCGGCCCCACUCAAUGCAAAUGAUCUUCCGGUCCUACAAGGAGGGGGCCCCGCCCCCGGCCCCCGCCGCCCAAGACGAGGAGGCGAAAGUCCUCCGCUCGCCUGGGUUUCUCAAGCCCGAAGCUCUGGUGAGGUACUUGGGGAAGAUGGACUCCAUCACACAACAACAAAUGCAAAGCGAGUGGGAAGGCAAAAGGGAAGUUAGGGUUUACCCUUUAGCCAAGUCAUUGACGCUCACCCUAGCAUGCCAGUUUUUCGUCGGCACCGACGAGCCGGAGCGGAUUGCGCGGCUCGUGGCCUAUUUCGACGACAUAACGCUCGGCUUGCACUCGAUCACCUUCAAUUUCCCGGGUACCAUCUUCUACAGGGCCAACAAGGCCGCCGUGGCGAUCAGGAAGGAGCUGAGGGCGGUGAUCAAAGACAAGAAGGUCGCCAUCUCGAGCGGCACGCCGAUGCGAGACAUAUUGUCGCACAUGAUCAUGGCCAGUGAUCCCUCCGGAAAACACAUGCCGGAGGCCGAGAUUGCCGACAAGAUCAUGGGGUUUUUGACCGCCGGGUAUAGCACCGUAGCCACUGCCAUGACCUUCUUCAUGAAGUAUGUUGGAGAGAGGCCAGACAUUUACAAGAAGGUGCUGGAUGAGCAAAUGGAGGUUGCAGCAUCAAAGAAACCCGGGGAGUUGCUGCAGUGGGAUGACAUGAACAAGAUGAAGUACUCAUGGAAUGUGCUCAAUGAAGUCAUGAGACUCACCCCACCUCUCCAAGGAACCUUCAGAGAGGCCCUUACCGACUUCACUUAUGCUGGUUACACCGUCCCGAAGGGAUGGAAGGUCUACUGGACCGUUAGCACGACAAACAAGAACCCAGAGUACUUUCCAGAGCCGGAGAAGUUCGACCCGUCAAGACACGAGGACGGCAACACUUUCCCUCCGUUCACAUUCGUUCCCUUUGGAGGUGGUCCUAGAUUGUGUCCAGGCAAAGAGUACGCGCGCUUGGCGAUCCUCGCGUUCGUUCACAACGUGGUCAAGAGGUUCAAAUGGGAGCUGGUGGAUCCGAAGGAGAAGAUCGUUGGGGACAUGAUGCCUGCCCCACAGAAGGGCCUCCCAGUCCGCCUCACACGCCGGUGAAAGUGAUCGAAGCUUUCAUUCAUACGUUGCUCCGUCAAGCCCUUUAAAAGCCAGGACAUCUCAACUGAAACUCGAUCUGCCAAGCAUUUAUGUUUUGACUUGAUUUGAUUUGAUGUAUAGCUGCUUUUUGCGGCUGGUCAUAAAAGAACCGACGGCUGAGAGUCAUAGAAAGGAAUUGGCUCAACAAGUUUGUAGUUUGUUAUCCAGUAUUACGUGUAAGCAACAUGACGUACGAUCUCUUAUAAGAAGUUUUACGCCCAAAGAACCGUGUGCACUGAAGUCCUCGGUUUCUGUCAGUUUUCAUA